AUGAAGGGGCAUAACCAAACACUAUUUUGCUAUGGGAGCACAGGGGCAGGGAAGACGUACACUAUGGUUGGCCAUAGUGGGUCCUAUGGACUAAUGCACAACUUAGUGAAGGAUGUCUUAGCAUAUGGAAGUUUUCUUGUCUCCUAUAUGGAAAUAUACAAUGAGAAGAUUUACGACUUGUUAGAACCUAAGGAAUUAGUUCUAAGAGAGUGUAAUGGAACAAUAGUAAUUCCAAAUCUUUUCAACAAGAGAGUCGAGAAUAUAGAAGAAUUUGAAGAGGUAUUUAGGCAAGGAACUAAGAACAGAACCACAGCAGAAACGAAACUUAACAAGAACAGUAGUAGAAGUCAUGGGAUAUUGAGGAUAAGUGUUGGAGAGCACAAAUUGAAUCUCAUUGACUUGGCAGGAUCAGAGAAUAAUAGGAAAACAGGUAAUGAAGGAAUUAGACUUACAGAGUCAAAUAGUAUCAACAGAAGCCUUUUUGUCCUAGGAAAGGUUGUAAAUGCUAUACUUAAAGGAGAAAAAAGAAUACCUUAUAGAGAUAGUAAGCUAACAAGAUUAUUACAAGACUCUCUUGGAGGAAGCAGUCUCUGCUAUAUAAUUGCCAAUAUUGUUGGAGAUUCAUCCGGGAUGGGAGACUCUAUAAACACACUUAGCUUUGCAUCCAAGUCUAGAAAUAUUGUAAACAUAUUAGAUGUGGCACAGAAACCUAGGGGUAAGGAUUUCAAAAACGGUGGGUGCAGUCUUUCUGAGCUUGGAAAGAGGAAACCUCUAUCUAUAAAAACAAACAUGAAGUUCAAUAUUCAAAGAAAGGAAGACAUGCCUCUCAGAAGUAAAGAAAAAGAGAAUAAUCCUCAUCAAGAAUCCUUUCCCACAAGUACCUCUGCAAUUGGGGGAAAGAAAAAAGGUAAGAGCUCACUCAUUUAUAGGAGAUGCAAGGAAGAUGGAGGUAAAUUCUCCAAAAAUCCAAAACUGACCAGUAAUGGAAGUUCACUGAUCUUAAAAUCCCUCCUUGAAAAGCCUGAUAUUGUUCUGUCUCCACGGACAAAGGAAAAAAGCUAUAGGGCCUUUCUAAAAAGAGCACAAGAGUUUGAGUCUGCAAAAAAGUAUAGGCUCGCAUUGGAGGACUACAAAACAAUGCAAAAAUUUUGUGAUAAUGACUUCAUUAAGCAAAAGAUAGAAAAAAUUAAUAUGUUAAUCAAAAAGACUCGGAGGAAACCUAAAGUCACAAAAGAAAAUGUACUUCAAAUCAUUAACCAGGGGAAUUUUUUCGAUAUAAAAAAGCUCCCCAGGGUCGGGGAUAAAAGAGCUCAAGCAAUUGUAGAUUUUGUAAAUGGAGGAAAUUUUUUUGAAACAUUGAAUGAUUUAAAGCUUCUAUUCAGUGAGAAAAUAGUGGAUUCUAUACUCUUUUCCAUAGACGAUGGAUAA